AUGUCUCUUUCACGUUCAAAUCCGCGCUUCUUCACACGCACAAAUCGCCUCUUCGCAACCCAAAUACGAUCGUAUGCCGCAAUUGGCGACGGCGCCAUCCCACCAGCCAAAAAGAAGUAUGUACCUACUUCUGGUACCUAUCCACGCGGCUUCAAGGCUGGCAGCGCACAUGUUGGUGUCAAGGCAUCCAACACGCGGUUCGAUGACCUGGCCAUUGUAGCGUCGGACAAGCCGUGCGCCGGAGCAGCUGUCUUCACCACCAACAAGUUCCAGGCCGCGCCCGUCACAGUCAGCAGGGACAUGCUGAAGAAGAGGAAAGGCGAGGGCAUCAGGGCCAUCGUUGUCAACUCGGGCUGCGCCAACGCCGUCACCGGCCGAGGCGGCAUCGAAGACGCCAUAACCAUGGGCAACGAGACCGACGCAUGUUUCGCCCGCGACGGCAGCUCACAAGACGACCUCAAAGGCAGCCGCAGCAUCGUCAUGAGCACCGGCGUCAUCGGCCAGCGCCUCCCCAUCCAAAAAAUCACCUCCAAAAUUCCCACCGCAUACGCCAACCUGGGCGACUCUCACGACCACUGGCUUGCCACCGCCCGUGCAAUCUGCACCACCGACACCUUCCCCAAGCUCCUCUCCCGAUCUUUCACCCUACCCAGUACCCAACAGGAAUACCGCAUAGCAGGUCUGACCAAAGGCGCGGGCAUGAUCCACCCCAACAUGGCCACUCUGCUCGGUAUAAUCUGCACCGACGCCCCCAUUGCCGCCCAUCCCUUACGUCAAGCACUGCUUGCGUCCGUUCAAAAGUCCUUCAACAGCAUCUCCAUCGACGGCGACACCUCCACCAACGACACCGUUGCCGUCUUAGCCAACGGUGCGGGCGGCGGCCAACCCGUUACCUCGGUCGACAGCGCAGAUUACACCGCCUUCCAGCGCGUACUCACUGAUUUCGCAGUCGAUCUAGCGAAGCUUGUCGUCAGAGAUGGCGAGGGCGCGACAAAGUUCGUUACCAUCCGUGUUACAAACGCUGCAUCGUAUAAAGAUGCUCACCGCGUUGCCUCGACCAUCGCUCGCUCCCCCUUGGUCAAAACCGCCUUGUACGGCAAAGACGCAAACUGGGGCCGCAUCCUGUGCGCAACGGGUUACGCCGAAGGCGCAGAUUCCGUCGUCCCUGCUGAGACGAGCGUGAGUUUCGUACCCGCAGAUGGCAGUGCGGAGCUCAAGCUGCUGGUGGAUGGAGAGCCCGAGCAAGUCGAUGAGGAGCGCGCGGCGAAGAUACUGGAAAAUGAAGACUUGGAGAUUGUAGUGCGGUUGAGUAAGAAGGAGGGUGAGGAGGCGGUGUUUUGGACUUGCGAUUUUAGUCACGAGUAUGUUACUAUUAAUGGGGAUUAUAGGACAUAA